UCAGCCCGAACGCCGCCGCGUGAACUUCAAGCCCAGCGUCGAUCGCCUUCAGCGGGAUCCAGAGGGGAGAUGAGUCGAAACCCGAGGGUGAUCCGUUAGAGCAUUUGCAUCCUGACUUUCAUCCCUUCAGCAGCCUCCUACCGCAUCACCGACAUCUUGGCUCUUUUGGACUACACAUCCAAAAAAAACAAAAACAAAAACUGACCGAUUGGAAUUAUCUCCUCCCAAAAAAAACAAAAAACCAGCCGGCUUCUGCAAAUAAAAUCCCGUCGUCUUGGCAGCUUUUCAUCCACAGCAUUGGGAGUGCAGUUAUGGCAGAGCAUCUAUCCCAGAGUGAGCUGGACUACCCGUUCAAACUUCUGGAGUACAUCAACGGCUUCAGGGUGUCAAAGGUGAUAUUUUCGGCCUGUGAGCUGGGGGUGUUUGACCUCCUGCUGAAGUCCCAGGAGGCCCUGAGCGCCCGGCACGUGGCUCAGGAGCUGGGCGCCAGCGAGGACGGCAUGGAGAGGCUGCUGGACGCUCUGGUGGGCAUCGAGAUCCUGGAGGUGGAGAAGACGGAGAGGACAGGUGAGGAGGAGGAUGAGGAGGAUGAGGAAGAUAAGGAAGAGGAGGAGGAAGAGGAAGGAGGAAGAGGAGGAGGUCUUGUGGGCUGGACCAUCAUUAGAGAUCCUCAACAAAGCGAAGCCAAUGAUAAAGCAGGCAGCGCCAAGUCCCUCCACGACAUGAUCAUCUACCAGUCCCAGACCAUCUACCCGCUGUGGAACAACAUGGUGGACGCCGUCAGGGAGGGAAGGAAUCAGAACGAAAAGACGUUUGGACUUCCGUCUGAAAAGGUCUUCCAAGCUCUUUACAGAUCAGAGGAGGAGAUGAUGAAGUUCAUGGGUCUGAUGAACUCCUCGUGGGUCCUGGAUGGCCACGACGUGGUGACGGCGUUCAACCUCUCCGGCUUCCGGAGGAUCGUGGAUCUCGGCGGCUGCACCGGCGCGCUGGCCCACGAGAUCGUCAAAGCCUACCCGUCGGCUUCCGUGGCCGUGUUCGACCUGCCGGAGGUUGUGGAGGCCGCUCAGAAACAUUUCCCCCAGGAGAAUGAGGCCCUCGCUUUUCAAACCGGAGAUUUCUUCAGCGGGGAAAUCCCCAGUGCUGAUUUGUACGUUCUGGCCAGAAUCAUUCACGACUGGCCGGAAGAGAAGUGCCUUGCCCUUCUGAAGAAGAUAUAUGACAACUGUAAACCUGGGGGUGGCGUCCUGCUGGUGGAGGCGAUGCUGUUUGAAAACAAGCGUGGACCCGUCAUGGCUCAGAUUUUCUCUCUUAACAUGCUGGUGCAGGCGGAGGGCAGGGAACGCCCACCGUCCGAAUACACCAGCAUGCUCCAGAAGACGGGCUUCCAAGACGUUCAGGUCUGCAGAACUGGCAAGUCCUACGAUGCCAUCUUGGCAAUCAGAUGAGCUCAGAAAAAAACAAGUUGUUUUAUUUUGGAAAAUUGUCCUGGAAUCGUAAAUUGACACCAUGCACACUGAUUUCCAUGUUUUUUUCUCUCCAUGUUAAACCCCUAGUGAUGUUUUUUUUAUGAUGUGCUUGUGAUAGACUAACACAGAUAUCCUCCUCCCAAAGGUUGCUGCCGUAUGACAAAUUUCGAUCAAUACAGGAUUAUACUGAUACUAUAGUUUUUGCGUCUGGCAACAGAUUUUGAAGCGUUAGUCCUGAGUUUCAUAAGAAGGAGGAUACCAGAAUCAUGAUGGCAAAUGACAGGAAACGACUUUUGAAGCAAUCAUUAGCAGGAAGUUAACAUAAAGAUUAGAAACAGGAAGACAGCUGGUCAUUGGAGGGCUGAACUUUCGAGCUCUUAUCAUGUGAUUCAACACUGUGUAUAUUUGAAAAAACUGAUGAUAUUAACAGUGGUCAGAUGUCCUCUCUACAUUAUGAUGAUUAUAUAAUCUCACUUGAUGCAGAGUGGCUCAAUUUUCUCAUCUCUCAAUUCGGUAUUUGUCAACCACUCAGAGUUUGUGAUUUGUUUCUCUUCAUAGAUCUGCAAAAAUGUUUCUGUGAUGGAUAUGCAUUGGUUUAGAUUUGGCUAGUGUCGCUAAUAAUUGUGUUAAAUGAAAAGUGAUUGAGUAACAUGGAGAACUUAUACAAAUAAGUUCAAUUUAGUUUAAGUAAGUAUCAUCGAUUCACAACAAACUACUGUCAGAGCCUCGCACCAAAAUUGAUAUGUUAGCAUGCUAUCUUGCUAAAUUAGAUUGCCUUCCAAUUUUGUUACGCUACUGAUAACAAAAUUUGAUUAUUCACAUAUUUUUGAAUAAGUACAGUUUUUAUAUUGCCAUUUGGUCAACUAUAUACAACAUAUCAGAAUGCUAAGACUACCAUCUCAUGAAACGUUUGAAUGCUAACAUGCUACAUAAGCGCAAUUCCCAACAAUGUGAAGAAUGUUAGCGCUGUUGUGGCUACUUUGUAGCAGCCCGCUAACACUUUUAGUAUUUCUAAAUCAGAAAAUUAGACAUAGCAGUGUUUUGUUUAAUUCUAUAAACUAAUUAAGUGGUAGUAAUGUGCUAACAUUACCAUACUAUAUUGCAAAUGUUGUUUGUAUUUUCUUAACACAAUUUACAAGUUGUGCCUAAACUUAAAGAACUUUUGCAAGAAUGCUAACUUAAGAACUCAUUUCCAGUAACAGUUGUAGUUGUAUGUAAUCAAAGAUAACUUUCACAUAACCAAGACGCAAACACCAGGUUCUGUUGUGUUUUAGAUUUUUAAAAAUGGAAUUGGUUUACAAUAUUUCUAGAACAUUUCAAAUAAAAAAAUUUGUAGACGACAUUCUGAUUUAAGUUGGAGUUAAAUACUGAAGUUAGUUUAUCCUAUAUAAAAUGUAUGAUUUUUUUUGUACAUGUCGAUGAUAAAAACAGUCACUAAAACAAUGGUUAUUCAGAGGAUGUCCACCUGAAUGCCAUUUAUAAACCUAAAGUCAUUUGGCUGAAUUAUGUGAAAUCAGGCUUUUAGUGUCUCCAUCACUUCUUUUCUGCCGGAAACAGCCUUUAGAAAUAUACUGAUUAGGUUUUAUAUACUUUUUGGACAGCCCUACAUACUUCGGGGAGAUAUAUUUAUUCCAAAAAUCUGGGCCUAGAACUAAGGACAGGAAUUUAUAUAUCUGUCUCUUCAAACAAUAUUUUUUGUCUAUAGAAAAAUGUGUGUGAUUUUCCAUGAGAGAAUAGAAUAUAUAGAAUUGGGCUUGAAGAUAGAAAGAGAAUGAAUUAAAAACAUCUACCCUACUUUUUUUCUCUCCAAAGAAUAUCAUAUCCAUUAUCUAUUGUGCUGUGUUUACUGUUAUUCAUGUCAUGAUCAAACUUUUACAAGAAUAUCCUGUUUGUGGGAAUCAGUUGUUAAGGAUAAAAAUGACCCGGAUAGGCGUGUUGUGAAACUGUUGUGUUUGAACAUGUGUUUUCCCAGUCCCUGAACACAAAUUGCUUCGAAUUCCAUCCGCUGUAAGACUUCUCAAGACACAGGUCCAACUAAACCCUUAAAUUAAGUUUCCUACUUGUAUGUGGUGCUCUUAAAGGUUAUAUUAGAUUUUUAAAGGAAAAAAUAUUUGUAACAUUGUCCAAUAAACUGUUGGGUGUAUUUCUUAUUCCACUUAGCUGUUGGAGACACAGGCAGAAGCAGGUGUACAUGAACGUUUAAAAUUAGUGUUAGCCUCACCUCCAAACACCUGCUGUUUCAAACUGUAUGCACAGCUGUAUUGUACAUAUAUUGUAUGAAAUGUGAACGACUGAUUGAGUAAAUAAAAAAUAUCAAGAAAAUGAAAA